UCUCCAAACGGUCACACCAUGCCGGCUUUCUGAGCAUCCCAAUUUUGUAUUCCCAAAAGACGCGAAUUAAUAUGCAAAAUGUAUCCCGUGAGCUCACAAAAGAGGUCCUGGACAUUCGCCAACGAGGGUCAACUGAUGGCCUUUCGCGUGGAGCAGAACAACAAGUACGUCGAGGACCACGAAGCGGAGGCGCAGGGGCGCGACCUUGAGGAGCACUUCCUUACACCCGCGGAGGAGCGCCUGUUGCUGAAGCAGUACGAGAUUUACCUCUUCGACUUCUGCCGCCGCUUUGAUCCCCCGAUGCCGAAAUGCGUGGUGGGCACGGCCUUCCACUACUUUAAAAGAUUCUAUUUGAACAACACACCGAUGGAUUACCACCCCAAGGAGAUUCUAGCUACAUGUGUGUUUGUCGCCUGCAAAGUAGAGGAGUUCAACGUAUCCAUCAACCAAUUCGUCAACAAUAUCAAGGGCGACAGGAAUAAGGCCACAGAUAUUGUGUUAUCCAACGAAUUACUUCUUAUUGGACAACUCAACUAUUACCUCACCAUACACAAUCCGUUCAGACCCAUUGAGGGUUUCCUAAUAGAUAUAAAAACCCGCAGCAAAAUGCAAAAUCCUGAGAGGUUACGCCCACAUAUUGAAAGCUUUAUUGAUUCCACUUUCUACACGGAUGCGUGUCUCCUGCACACGCCGUCCCAGAUUGCAUUGGCUGCAGUUCUUCACGCUGCGAGCAGAGAGCAAGAGAAUCUCGAUAGCUAUGUUACGGACUUACUAUUUGUUUCCGCCAGGGAUAAGUUACCCGGGCUCAUAGACGCCGUGAGAAAAAUCCGUAUUAUGGUGAAGCAAUAUCAGCAACCGGAUCGGGAAAAGGUUAAAGCUAUCGAGAAAAAGUUAGAUAAGUGCCGCAAUCAGGCAAAUAAUCCGGAUAGCGAAUUGUACAAGGAGCGCUUACGCCGUUUGUACACCGAUGAGGAUGAUAUGCCCGCAGAAGAUGCCUCAUUCCACAUAGCUGAUGUGAGCUCGGAUACAUCAGCUAUGAAUAUCAGUCAAUAGUUUUUAAAAAUAUUUAUUUUUAUUGAAGUGUGUUCAAUUUAAAAGAUUUUUCUCGAGAUUAAAGUUUCUAAAAACAGAAAA